UCGCGUUCUCAAUUAUCAGAGCUCGGGCAGAUCUUCCAACUCUCCGCAACUAGAAUCCCCUCCUCAGCUAGCUUUGCGACCAGAGGCAUCACGCACACACACACACACGCGCAGUCAUGGCUGACACAAAGAUUCAAGAACUGCUCACGAAGCCGCGAAACGAGCUCACCGAGUACGAGAUCGCACAGCUCGAGGAGCAUGAGUUCAGCGCCGGGCCGCUCUCCAUUCUGCAGACCGCAGUGCGCAGCCACGCACAGGUCCUAAUAUCGAUCCGCAACAACCGGAAGCUGCUUGCGCGUGUCAAGGCGUUCGACCGCCACUGCAACAUGGUGUUGGAGAACGUGAAGGAGAUGUGGACGGAGACGCCGCGACUGGCGAACGGAAAGAAGGGCAGGCCGGUCAACAAGGACCGCUUCAUCAGCAAAAUGUUCCUAAGAGGUGACUCGGUUAUUCUGGUUCUUCUGAGCUGAUAUAUCCCUCUGUUCUCUUGGCUUUCAACUUUCACGGUUCAUGAUCAGUGGUCUAUUGAGAUUCUGUGGCUCUGUAUUUGCGCGGGACCUCUGUUUCGGGCAUAAAAGGCGUUCAUACCAAACAAAAUCUCGAGGGCAAAGGCAGCGAUGGCGCCCGAUUCCUCCCUGACUGGAUAUCCAGUAUUCUUCAUGCACAGUGCAGAAAUAUGUGGAAGGCGUAGAGCCCAGGAAAGGCUGGCUGGGUAGGUAGUCGGCCACGACUACCGAUCAACGCAUCAUGCAACCAAAUCAUCAUGUAUUGAUAUCGAGAACGUAAGGUAUCACUCCUGCUACCAAGUAGCGGCACCUAUUUUUCCUGCGGCAGCCCUGCCAGACCCAAGAAGAAACUCGCCAGCCCCCAUGCACCAGGAUCCGGCACCUG